GGCGCGCCGCCUCUGCCCCGCGGCGAGGGUGUCUAUGGAGAGGCGGCGGCCGCGGCUGCUGAGGCAGUGGCGAUGGCGCCGUUCCCUGAGGAAGUGGACGUCUUUACCGCCCCGCACUGGCGGAUGAAGCAGCUCGUGGGGCUCUACUGCGACAAGCUUUCUAAAACCAACUUUUCCAACAACAAUGAUUUCCGUGCUCUCCUGCGGUCUCUGUAUGCUACGUUCAAGGAGUUCAAAAUGCAUGAGCAGAUUGAAAACGAAUACAUCAUCGGCUUGCUUCAGCAGCGCAGUCAGACCGUCUAUAACGUACAUUCUGACAAUAAACUCUCAGAGAUGCUUAGUCUCUUUGAAAAGGGACUGAAGAAUGUGAAGAAUGAAUAUGAGCAGUUAAAUUAUGCAAAACAGCUGAAAGAGAGAUUGGAGGCUUUUACAAGAGAUUUCCUUCCUCACAUGAAAGAGGAAGAAGAGGUUUUUCAGCCCAUGUUGAUGGAAUAUUUUACCUAUGAAGAGCUCAAGGAUAUUAAAAAGAAAGUGAUUGCACAGCACUGCUCUCAGAAGGAUGCUGCGGAGCUCCUGAGAGGACUCAGUCUGUGGAAUCAAGCUGAGGAACGACAGAAGUUUUUUAAGUAUUCUGUGGAUGAGAAGUCAGAUAAAGAAGCAGAAGUAUCAGAACACUCCACUGGUAUAACCCACCUUCCUCCUGAGGUAAUGCUCUCAAUCUUCAGUUACCUUAAUCCUCAAGAACUGUGUCGAUGUAGUCAAGUCAACACUAAAUGGUCUCAGCUGGCAAAAACCGGAUCACUUUGGAAACAUCUGUACCCUGUUCAUUGGGCCAGAGGUGAUUGGUAUAGUGGUCCUGCAACAGAGCUUGAUACUGAACCUGAUGAAGAAUGGGUGAAAAACAGGAAAGAUGAAAGUCGUGCUUUUCAGGAGUGGGAUGAGGAUGCUGACAUUGAUGAAACUGAAGAGGUUGCAGAGGAAUCGGCUGCUAUCAGCAUUGCACAAAUGGAAAAACGUUUACUCCAUGGCUUAAUCCAUAAUGUGCUACCAUAUGUUGGUACUUCUGUAAAAACUUUAGUAUUAGCAUACAGCUCUGCAGUUUCCAGCAAAAUGGUUAGGCAGAUUUUAGAGCUUUGUCCUAACCUGGAACAUCUGGAUCUUACACAGACUGACAUUUCAGAUUCUGCUUUUGACAGUUGGUCCUGGCUUGGUUGCUGUCAGAGUCUCCGGCAUCUUGAUUUGUCUGGAUGUGAAAAAAUCACAGAUGUAGCUCUGGAGAAGGUUUCUAGGGCUCUUGGAGUUCUGACACCUCAUCAGGGUGGCUCUUUGAAGGCUUCCACAAGGAAAAUUACUUCGACUACAUGGAAAAAUAAAGACAUUACCAUGCAGUCUACCGACCAGUAUGCGUGUUUGCAUACGUUAACUAAUGAAAGCAUUGAAGAAGAAAUAAAUAACGAACACACCUGGCCAAAGUCUGUUUCUCCUGAAAAUUUUGCUUCUCCGUAUGUGUGGAUGUUAGAUGCUGAAGAUCUGGCUGACAUUGAAGAUGCUGUAGAGUGGAGACGCAGAAAUGUUGAGAAUCUUUGUGUAAUGGAAACAGCACCCAACUUGAGUUGUUCCACCUCUGGUUGUUACAAUAAGGAUAUUGUUGGACUAAGGACUAGUGUCUGCUGGCAGCAGCAUUGUGCUUCACCGGCCUUUGUGUAUUGUGGUCAUUCGUUUUGUUGCACAGGAGCAGCUGUGAGAACUAUGUCAGCUCUCCCAGGCUCUUCUACAGUGUGUAGAAGAGCAUCAAGGACUACAGUUCCUGAGGGAAAAGACUUAGUUUACUUUGGUAGUGAAAAAUCUGAUCAAGAGACUGGACGUGUACUUUUGUUUCUCAGUCUGUCUGGAUGUUAUCAGAUCACAGACCAUGGUCUCAGGGUUUUGACUCUGGGAGGAGGGCUGCCUUACCUGGAGCACCUUAAUCUCUCUGGCUGUCUUACUGUGACUGGUGCAGGCCUGCAGGAUUUGGUUUCAGCAUGCCCUUCUCUAAAUGAUGAAUAUUUUUACUACUGUGACAACAUUAACGGUCCUCACGCGGAAACCGCCAGUGGAUGCCAGAAUUUGCAGUGUGGUUUCCGAGCCUGCUGCCGCUCUGGCGAAUGACCCUUGACCCCUGACCUUUGUCUACUUCAUUUAGCUGAGCAGGCUUCUUUUCAUGCACUUUACUUAAAGCACAUUUCCUGUGUUAACUCUCCCAUGUUGAGUGUGACUUGUUUUGGCCCUGUCCUUACAAUCUCAGAAAUACUAACUACCAGUCAAUUGUACAGUGUUGUUUCUCUUACCAAUGAUGUCCUUUCUCAAGAAGGAUUAGGUCUUUUCCUAAGGAUGAGAACAGUUAAUAUCAACUUUCCUUUAAAAGAAAUACUUUCAAAAAAAGUUAGCUAAUGCUGUGCCAGCUAAUGUAUUUUUAAGGUUAUUUUACAUUUUAAAGUUAUUGAUUCUCUUUAUAUAUAAUCACUGUACAGCUUUGCAGAUCUUUUCAGACUUAAAUUUUGGAAAUUUUAUUUUCAAAGAUUCUGCAUUUUGGAGACUAAUCUUUCCCGUAACAUUUUCUUUAUUUGGACAACUUUCAGAGGGCCAAUUCAGACAUUAGAGGUUGUGUUUAGGUGAUAGAAUAAAUUGGAUUCUUGGUGUUAGCUCAGUGAGCUAGCAGAGCACCAGUCUCUCUGUAUGCUUUCUUCAAAGACUCCCGGUUCCCAUCGUUGUUCCAAAACUGUCAGAUUUGAGAAGGAUUUAAAAAAAAGUCCAUAAUUGUUUGAAGAAAUGUAUAAAUAAAACCUACUUGAGGACUUUA